GUCAGUGUGUCGAUAAAGUCAUUCAACUUAAACGGAUUUGUUACAAGUUAAGAUGGCGGACUCCACCACUUCGAUACCAACGUCUAAAGAGAAGUCAACUUCAGUAUUUACGCUGAAUGAUUUCAAUUCACGCACAAAUCUAACCGAAAAGGCGCAGCUUAGCGAUGAUUACCUGCCUUCGGAACACCGUGAUCAAGUUAAGGGUCAAUCGACUGGUGGCGCGCUAGCACACAUGCUUAAAAGUUCAUUAGGUACCGGCAUUUUGGCAAUGCCAAUGGCCUUCUCCAAUGGUGGCUUGUUGUUCGGCAUGGUUGCAACGCUAAUUGUGGGCUUCCUCUGUACGCAUUGUGUGAAAAUUUUGGUCGAAACGUCACAAGAUGUAUGCAAAGAACUCAGGGUACCUGCGCUAACAUUUGCUGAAACGGCGGAAAAAGUUUUUGAAAUUGGUCCGAAACGUCUGCGUUCCUGGUCGAAUUUUGCAAAACAAUUCGUUGAUGGCGGUCUUAUGGCCACCUACUUUGCGGCAGCUUGUGUUUAUUUAGUGUUUAUUGGAACUUCAUUUCACGAUGUCAUCAAUUAUGACACUGGCUUGGAAUGGAAUAAACGCAUUUACAUUGCCUUGACUUUGAUACCUUGUUUAUUUAUUGGACAGAUAAGAACCCUUAAAUUGCUGGUGCCGUUCUCUGCAAUGGCAAAUGUUUUCAUUGUAGUCACUUUUGGCAUUGUGUUAUAUUACCUAUUCAAUGAGCCAUUGGUAUUCUCAGACAAACCGCUAAUUGCUCAAGCCACAAAGAUACCACUCUAUUUUGCCACUGUAAUUUUCGCAAUGGAAGGCAUUGGUGCAGUUAUGCCUGUCGAGAAUUCAAUGAAGAAACCACAACAGUUUCUUGGAUGUCCUGGUGUGCUUAAUACAGCUAUGAUCGUCGUAGUUUCAUUGUAUGCGACUAUUGGUUUCUUAGGUUAUGUGCGUUAUGGUGAUAAAGUGGAGGGCAGUAUUACAUUAAAUUUAAAGGAGGGUGAAGCGUUGGCCGAUACUGCGAAGAUACUAAUGGCUAUUGCCAUACUUUUCACAUAUGGACUGCAAUUCUACGUUCCCAAUGAAAUUUUGUGGCGAAAAAUUAGUCACAAGUUUAAUGAAAAAAAUCACAAUAUGGCACAGAUACUUUUACGUACCGGCAUUAUAUUGAUUAGCGGUGGCGUUUCCAUUGCCAUACCUGACCUAGGACCAUUUAUCAGUCUUGUGGGUGCCAUCUUCUUCUCGCUGCUCGGCAUUUUCGUACCUAGUGUUUGUGAAACAAUAUAUUUGUGGCCCGAUCGCUUGGGUUGGUGCAAAUGGAAGAUGUACAAGAAUAUACUCCUAGGUGUUUUAUCGAUAUGUGCUCUAAUUGCAGGAUCUGUGGCGAGUAUUAAGGAAAUCAUUGAAAUGUAUCAAUAGAAAUAUUUAAACAUAACUAUGUAUAUACAUACAUACAUACAUAUGUACAUAAUUAUGUAAUAGUAUACGUUAAAUGUAAGUGUUAAAGUAGCUAGCAUAUUUUGAUUGUGUAAAACUAAAGCCAGU